CUCGUGGAUCGUGCUCGCGGGGCCUUCAACGGAGGUCGAACGCUCUCGGUGGAGUUCCGGCGGCAGCAACUCCAGCAGCUUGGCAAGAUGUACCGCGAAAACAGACAGAUUUUCCUCGACGCCCUCGUGUCCGAUCUUCGCAAGCCGAAGUUAGAGGCCAUGAUGAUGGAGGUCCACCACCUCGAGGAUGACGUCAACUUCAUCCUCAACCGCCUGGACAAGUGGGUGCGCACGGAGGAGGUGCCUUCGAAGGUCCCCCUCGACAAGAGCCUCAUCUACAACGAGCCCUACGGUGUCGUCCUGGUGAUGGGGGCCUGGAACUACCCUCUGCAGCUCACCAUGUUACCCGUGGCAGGAGCGAUCGCCGCUGGAAACGCCGUCGUGAUCAAGCCGUCCGAGGUCUCUGCCGCCACCGCCGCCGCCAUCGCCAAGCUCGUCCCUCAGUACCUCGACAAAGAAUGCUACCCGGUGGUGUGUGGCGGAAUACCCGAGACGACUGAGCUACUGAAGGAGAGGUUCGACUAUAUCUUUUACACGGGCUCCACCACAGUCGGCAAGAUCGUGAGAGACGCUGCUAACAAGUUCCUCACGCCCACGACGCUGGAACUGGGCGGCAAGAGCCCGUGCUACAUCGACAACACGGUGGACAUGACGACGGCCGCCAAGAGGAUCCUGUGGGGGAAGCUGAUCAACCUCGGGCAGACGUGCAUCGCCCCGGACUACAUCCUUUGCUCGAAGGAGGUGCAGGAGGAGUUCUUGAGGACGGCGAAGGAGGUCCUGAGGGAGUGGUACGGCGAGGAUGCGCGGGAGUCGAAGGAUCUGUGCAGGAUCGUGGCGACGCGGCACGUGGAACGCCUUGCGAGCUACCUGGACGGGGGGAAAGUGGCGAUCGGAGGGAAAUACAACGUGGAUGAGAAGUGGAUGGAGCCGACCGUCCUGGUGGAUGUGGAUGAGAAGAGCAAAGUCAUGACGGAAGAGAUUUUCGGACCCAUUCUGCCCAUCAUCAAUGUCAAAAAUCACGUGGAUGCCAUUGAGUUUAUUAAUAAGAGAGAGAGACCCCUCGCUCUCUACGUGUUCAGCACCAAGAAGGACAGACAGGAGAUGUUCAUGAGACAAGUGCCAUGCGGAGGUGCCACUCUCAACGACACGAUUUUCCACGUUGCGAGCACCGACCUUCCCUUCGGCGGCGUUGGCAACAGUGGCAUGGGCGCCUACCACGGCAAAUACACGUUCGAUACCUUCACACACAGGAAGUCGUGUCUGAAAAGAAGUUACAAUUCGUUUAUUGAUAAGGCCAUGCAGUUUAGAUUCCCGCCCUACACAGAAAAGGGCAUUGAGACGCUGAGUUCCCUGCGAGACAAAGGCGAUGGUCCCGGACUUCUGUAUUACCUCAGGAUCACCGUGACCCAUUUAUUCAGCAUGGGUUUAGGGGCGCUGAUACUGUAUCUUGUGCUCCAUUAUGCUAACGUGAGGGUCUGAGACUGGAGAACACAUAUGUAUGUGAGUGGGGGUUCUUGCGUGUGUGUGUGUGUGUGUGUGUGUGUGUGUGUGUGUGUGUGUGUGUGUGUGUGUGUGUGUGUGUGUGUGUGUGUGUGU